AUGGGCAGCUCGCUGUCCGACCGUCCGGACGAAGCCCGAAUCAGUAUUAACGGCUCUAAUCUUAUGAAGCAUCUUAAAAUACAUAAAACAGAAUUUGAAGAAGUGGCGACACUCAAUAUAAACCAAAAGGAAGCUUUCCAAAAGUCACAUAAUUCGGAAAUAGUUAUCAAAGAAUGUACUAGUCUGGUAACUAUACAUGGUCGUCCUUUAGCUCUUUUGGAUGACGAAGCAUUUCAAAAUAUUUUGGCUUUGAUACCCGACUGCAAUGUAAAAAUAGGAUCUAGAAAAAUUAGAGACUGUUUAAUCGAAACCGCUGGAAUGUUACGAAUUGAAAUGGCGAAAGAGCUUCAAGAAAAAUUGAUUUGCAUAAAAGUUGAUAUAGCAUCAUUAUCAUUGAGGAGUUUCAUGGGAAUAAACGCCCAGUACCUAGAACAGGGAAAUAUAGUAUUAAAAAACUUAGCGAUGAUUGAACUAUUGGAUAGGCAUACCUCAGAGUAUCUGAAAGAACAGGUACUUUUUGUUUUGCAAAGGUUUCGUAUUGGUCUGGAUAAUGUUUAUAGUUUUACCACAGAUAACGGAGCAAAUAUGCUCAAAAUGAGCAGGUUAUUGAAUGAAAGAAGCAAUGCUCAAAAUCAUGACGUUCCUCACGUUCACGCUAGUGUCAGCAUAGAUUAUCCCAGCGUCGAUGAAGAUGGCGUCAUGCAUGAGCAAAGCGCAAACCAUAUGGAAGAUGUAGAAAAUAUCUCCAUUGACUCAGAUUCUGACUUGGAUUACGACGCUGAUACUGAGUUCGAUACUAACAGAGAAGACCAUUUCACAGAAACUCUUACUUCGUCAUUGACUAUGCAAUUCCAUGAAAAUACGACCCAGCAAAGAAAUAUUGCUGUUGUUAGAUGCGCUGCACAUACAUUGCAGUUGGCCGUUUUAGAAGCUUGUAACAACACUGAAAUUAAGGAAGCCAUUAGUGAUGCGCGAAAAAUUGCUAAACUAUUGCGAACUCAAAAGUAUGCGGCUGAAAUUAUCAAAACUGGCAAAAAUCAAGCUAUUCUAGAUUAUCCUACAAGGUGGAACUCGACAGUAGAAAUGAUACAGAGAUUAAUAGAUCUGAAAGAAAUUAGCAACAACUCUAAUGAUCCUAAUUGUUUUUUAACAGAAGCUACCUGGAAUAAAUUACAAGAUUACUUGACUUCUCUAUUGCCGGCUAAAGAGUUAUCAAAAAAUUUACAAUACGAGCAACUUACAAUGGGAGACUUUUAUUUGCAGUGGCUGUUAUGUAAAAUUAAAUUAAAAACAGUUAACACAACUCUAAGCAAUUUGUUAAUAACUUGUAUGGAAAGACGGGAACAAACAUUAUUUAACAACGAUGCAUUUUUAUGUGCUAUUUUUUUCGACGGAAGAGUUAAUUCAACACUGUCUGAAGAGCAACGAUCAGCAUCAGCACUUGCAAUAUUUGGACAAAGACAUAUUAUCAUACCUGAGUCGGAUUCUGAUUUUUCUGAAGAAGAUGACGUGCCUUUGAGUUGUUUACAGUCUGCAUCUACCUCUAAAUCCAAAGGAAAAGCUACAAAAACAAAGGUCAACUGGAAAAACGGAAAAAUGCCAGCUUACGAUGCCAAUAAUUUUAAAUUUACGGGUAACACAGAUUUACCUGACAGUAUAAAAAAACUGAGUUCCCCUGUAGAAGUCUUCGAGUUUUUGUUUACAGCUGAUAUGAUUAACUUUAUAACUGAGCAAUCUAACCUCAAAUCUAUUCAAGAUAAUAUUAACAAACCAGCAAUGAUUACGAAAGAAGAAAUAGAAAAGUUUAUUGGUAUCAUCAUUUUUAUGUCUUGUGUGAAGUUACCGUCAACUAAGAAGUAUUGGUCAAAAGAAGUAGGGCAGUCGCAGGUUUAUGAAAUAAUGACGUGUAACAGAUUCGAAUCUAUCAAAAGAUUUUUACAUUUUAAUAAUAAUGAAACUUUUGUACCUCUUGGACAAGAUGGUCAUGAUAAAUUGUUUAAAAUUCGGCCUUUGCUGGACAUGAUUCGAGCGCGUUUGAUGCUAGUCCCAAAAGAAGAGUAUUUAGCCGUUGACGAGCAAAUAAUUCCUACCAAGUGUCGUCAUGAAUUGAAGCAGUAUAACCCAGCUAAACCUCACAAAUGGGGUUACAAAAACCUAGUUCUGAGCGGGGUUAGCGGCUUUAGUUAUGAUUUCGAUAUCUUUGCUGGAGAUCAAAGCAAUUCCUACCCUUCAGAUGCGCCAGAUCUUGGUGUAAGCUCAAAUGUGGUAACUCGGUUGACAUCUACAGUUCCACGACAUAAGAAUUACAAGAUUUGUUUCGAUAACUGGUUCAAUAGCCCAAAUCUUCAAGUAUAUCUUUUCCAGAACGGUUUGCUACCCUUAGGAACCGUGCGACUCAAUCGUGUGCCAAACUCAAAUAUGCCCACAGUAAAGGAACUCAAGAAGCGUGGUCGUGGAAGCAUGGCAGAAAAGGUAGCAGUCAUAAAUAAAGUUAAGUUAAGUCUGGUUUCCUGGUUCGACAACAAGAACGUCAAUCUUCUUUCUGCUUACGUCGGAAGCGCGCCAACCACAACAAAACGGCGUUAUGCUCGACAGGAAAAAAAAUAUAUUGAUAUUCCUUCUCCCCAAGCCGUCGAUAUUUAUAAUAAACAUAUGGGAGGAGUCGAUUUACUUGACUCCAUUCUGGGCUAUUACAGAAUCCAUUUGCGGUCUCGUCAGUGGUACAAAAGGAUUUUUUUUCACAUGCUGGACAUGACCAUUGUGAACUCUUGGUUGUUGUGGCGCCGAAUAAAUACAGACUCAUCCUAUAUGCCUCUAUUUGAUUUUAAGCUAGCGAUUUCAGAACACAUGCGAAAGACAGGAAAAGCUCUUAUGGUCAAAAAACGUGGCCGUCCCUCCAGCAUCUUGGGAACUCCGACAUCAAGCCGGGGUGGUACUCCCCUCAAUGUCUCGCCAAGUAACUCGCCAGUACCUGCGAAAAAGCCACGAAAAACUCCUGCCAGACAUCAGGAUCUUCCGUUGGAUUCUCCGACACCAGGUAACCAGAAUCCAGAAUCAAAUGUAAUUCCUUCAACCUCUGCACCCUCUACUUCGGGUACAGCGCCUUCAGAAAAUACCAACUUGGUGCGCGUGGUACAGUCAGGUUCGAAAAAUAUUGCCUCAUAUAUUUAUAAAAGGAAUGCUGAUAAGUGCAAAUCCGAUAUUGAUCAGCUUAUUAUGGAUCUAUUUAUAAUGGACUACCAACCUUUUCGGAUCGUAGAGGAUAAAGGAUUUCGGAAAUUAUUACAAUCUGCAUUCCCUUUUUAUGUAAUUCCGACAAGAAAAUAUUUUGCAAAUAAUUUAUUGCCCAGUGGGUACGAAGCUUUACGGACCACAAAAAUGCAAGAAGUGGAAAGUGAAGUCGAGUCAAUAUGCCUAACAGCCGAUGUAUGGACCUCUAGUACUAAUGAUUUGUACAUGGCGAUUACUGGGCAUUAUAUAGAAAAAAAUGAAUGCGUUUUAAAAUCUCUUUUUUUAGAAUGUGUUCUUUUAGAGACCUCACACACUGACGUAAAUUUGGCCUCGGAAAUGUUAAGGGUCACAGACGAGUGGAAAGUGACUCAAAAAAUUCUUUUGGCUGUAACCGACAAUGGUGCCAACAUAAAAAAAGCUGUCGAGAAAGAUUUAGGCUGGAAGCAUUUUGGCUACUAUGCUCACACGCUGAAUUUAGCAGUUCAAGAAUCAAUUCAAAGGUCAGAAGAAGUAAAUGCCAGGUUUCUUGAAAUCAGAGAAGAGGUUAAUAGUUCGUUAUCUAACUUAAAUGCUACUGCCAUGUCACUAACUGUAGUAGACUGGGAACUAUGCGAGGGUGUCUGUAAAUUAUUAAAACCAUGCGAAGAAGUAACAAAAGAAGUGUGCGGACAAAAAUAUGUAACAGGCAGCAUUAUUAUACAGGACUAA